AUGAACGGCGAAGCUUGGCUCUACAUAUUAUCCGUCAUAGUGAAUGCGGUGAACUUGUUUCUUCAGGUCUUCUUCACUAUCAUGUAUAGUGAUUUAGAGUGUGAUUACAUCAACCCCAUUGAGCUUUGCAACAAGUUGAACAAAUACAUUGUGCCUGAAGCCUGUGUCCAUGGUGUGUUGACGCUUUUAUUUUUACUUAAUGGCCAGUGGUUCUCCUUUUUGUUGAACCUUCCAUUACUCGGCUACAAUGCUAAUAAGAUCUAUAAGAAGAACUACCUGUUGGAUGCCACUGAGAUUUUCAGAACUUUGUCCAAGCAUAAGAAGGAGUCUUUUAUCAAGUUGGGAUUCCACUUGUUGAUGUUCUUCUACUACUUGUAUAGAAUGAUUGCCGCCUUGAUUUCCGAUGAGACCCUUGAUUAA